UACUAACUGUAAGCAGAGCACGUUUGGCCUCGACGCUGUCAGGUGGGAGAGCCGAGGCGCCACACCUGCGCGCUCCCUUCUCCCGCUCCCGCACUGCUCUCGUUGGCCCGAGACGCGCAGCUCAGCGAUUCUUAUUUGCGCCUUUUCUUUGCCGGCGGACAGGCGCUCGGAGUGCGGACAGCAGCGGCCAUGGCAGGUGGCAAAGGCAUCACUUUGCUCAUGAUCCUUCUCAUCAUCGGCAACGUGUUCACUGCAAUUCUGGGUCUGGCCCUGUUCGCCGUGGCAGUGUGGGUCACGGUGGACAGUUACGGACUCUACCCCCUGACCGCUGUCACCGGGAAAGAUGACAUCUUCGCCGCCUCCUGGAUCGCCAUCUUCACGGGCUUCGCCUUCUUCUGCGUCGCCCUUUUCGGCGCUUUCGCCGCGGCGCGGAAGAGUCGCCGCAUGAUGCUCGUGUACCUGGUCUCGAUGCUGAUCGUCUAUAUAUUUGAAUGUGCCUCGGCCAUCACCGCCGCCACUAACAGGGACUAUCUGGUUGGCAACAGUAGCCUGAUGAAGAAACAAAUGCUGACAUACUAUGCAGAUGGCAGUGAUGCCGGGAUGCAGGUCACAAAUACGUGGAACAGACUGAUGUUGGAGGUGGGCUGCUGUGGUGCCGACGGCCCAAUGGACUGGGUGGCCUACACCUCGACCUUCAGGCAGAAGUAUGGCAACACAUACCCCUGGCCACUCAACUGCUGCAACAGGCUGAGCACCUUUGAUGUGGUAGAUCCGAAAAACUGCAAAAUAGGCUAUGCAGACUCCAUGUUCACUCAGGGCUGCUUCAGUUAUAUCGAGUCUGUGUUCAGUCGCUACACCUGGGCGAUCAGCUGGUAUGGCUUUUCUGUCCUCAUGUUCGUGUUCUUUCUCAUGCUGCUUGCCAUGGUGUACUACACGAAGCUCUGAAGACCUUGUCUGUAACACCCUCAACAGCUGUGCGCAGUUGUAUGUAACCCUGGGAUUAACAAGAAAGCCUCAGUGUUUGGAACCGUAUAUGGAGAAGAAAGAAGAAACAGCUCUAGAAUAAAUCAAAGGGACAUUUUAAGAAAAGUAUUAUAUAUUAUUUUUUCCAGCGUCUCCAUAUUGACAUUAAGUAAAGCUUUAGAUAAACAUUUAAAACCGGUCUUAAUAUUAUAUUGUCUAUAUAUGGGUGGUGUUGAGAGAUUUAAAUAAAUCCUACAAAAUGUUAGCUUGGAUAUCGAAACAGAAUCAGAGACGUAAAUGUCAUGACUACAAAAUAUAUACUCAUAUUAAACAUUCUCAUUAAUAAUGUCUUUUAAUGCAGAUCAGUGAUAUUUUGCAUCUGCAAUGCAUUUUGGACAUAUAUGGAAUUGAAAAUUAUUUGAAUAUUCACUUUAUGCCUGUUGCUUUAUUUUUAUGAGUUGAACAUACUA